AUGCUGAAGGGCGCCGCCAGUGACGUCUCCACCGCUGGGGUGCUGGGAAACACGCGGCGUGGUAUCGCGAGACGGGAGUGGGCGGGGCUAGAACGUCCUAUAAGGGCUCUCCCCGAAGCACGUGACUCCUCUCCGCCAGAACGCCGCCGCGCCGCCAUCAUGGACACCAGCCGUGUGCAGCCUAUCAAGCUGGCCAGGGUCACCAAGGUCCUGGGCAGGACCGGCUCUCAGGGACAGUGCACGCAGGUGCGCGUGGAAUUCAUGGACGACACGAGCCGAUCCAUCAUCCGCAAUGUAAAAGGCCCGGUGCGUGAGGGCGACGUGCUCACCCUUUUGGAGUCAGAGCGAGAAGCCCGGAGGUUGCGCUGAGCUUGGCUGCUCGCUGGGUCUUGGAUGUUGGGUUCGACCACUUGGCCGAUGGGAAUGGUGACAAUGUGCUCCUUUUGUUUUUUGCCCGCCACACGGAAUUGAAAUGCUCCUUUAAAUAAAGCGUUUGUGUUUCAAGUUAACUCGGGUUCUUGUCUGGGUUAUGCGACUAGGGUUUCUCUGGGUUUCUUGAGUGGCUCCCAGGCGGUCACCGAUCCUCCGCACUCUGGAAAUCCUGGCCGUGCGGUCUUGCCAAACGAAGCUUUUCCUUUUUGACGCGGGGGGUCGUGUUUGUAUAUUGCACCCUCUACCCCAAACAAAACACAAGCGUAGUAGGAAUGUUUUAUUAGCAAAGAAGUUUCAGAGAGUGGGUGGACCAGGGCUAUAUUCCUUGGUCCCCACCUCACCUUGGUGGAGCCAGGGUGAGCCCCUUCCUGCCAGUCACCCCAACUGAAAGUGCCUUUCUCUUCAGCCAGUGUUAGCUUCUGAGCAGAGGACCCUGGACCCUUCUGUGCGCCAAAGGCUGACGUGACUGAGGAGAUCUCCCCACAGCUAGUUGUAGUGAGCCAGAUGAGGCAGCUCACUGAACCUAGGGGUUCUCUCCACUGUCACUGCAUUCUCCUUCACCAGAUGUGGCUGUCUGGGAGCCAGGGGGUGACUCGCUCUGGAGAGAGGGGAAAAGAGGGGGGCCUACUGCAAUCUCCUUGAGGCAGGAAACGUGGGAUUCAGCCCCAGCCUCACUUAGUGGAGGUUCUUUUACCAUGGAGCCAGGCUGCCUGGUUUGUAUCCUAUCUCUGCCCCUUCUGACCUGGAAGAGGUGCUUGACCUUCCUCCCACAUCCCUUCCAGUGGGGUGAGUACAGGUGUUCCUCAGUUUACAGUGGGUUACGUCCCGGUGAGUACAUCAUAGAUUGAAAGUAUUGCAAAUUGAAAUGUAUUUAAUACACCUAAUCUACCAAACAUCACAGCUUAGCAUGGUCCAUCUUAAGCUUGUUCAGAACGCCUUACCCUGUAGUUGGGGAAACUCGUCUAACACGAAGCCUGUUUUAAUAAAGUAUUGAAUGUCUCGUGUAAUUUAUUGAA